GUCUGUCAACCAAUCGUUCAGUUCACAUGCGGUUCGACUCGUGAGUUGUGCUGUUUGACGUUAAUAUCUCGUUGCGUACUCGUGCCACUAAUUGUCAUAAUAAUAUUAUAUCGUUCACAAUAAUAAUAAUAAUUAUUAUUAUAUUCGUAUAUAACAAUUCGCUAUCGUUUGUUUUUCUUCAGUUGCUACUUCGUAUCAUAAAAUAUUAAACAGUACACAGUUACCUACUCGUCCGACUUCCGUGCCGCGAUCCCGAUUCGUUUCAUUUUACGUUUUUUUUUUAGUAAUAAGAAUCAUUGUUUCUGUAGUCACUAUUUUUCGACGACGAGGAAACGCGACAUAAACAGUACUUAAUACAUUUAAAUAACGAUCGGACGGUUAGACCCAUUAUCUGUGAUAAUAUAUUUUAUUACGCUGCAGAAGACCGGAUCGCGCGUAAUCUCGCGAAUUUCGUUAACACCAACAGUAUAAUACGAUAUACACGAUAAUAUUAUUAUAAUAUAGGUACGAUAUUUAAAAAUGGCAGAAUCUUUCGUCCGAACAAUAAUUGUCGCUUUUGUCUCCGAUCAAACCAUGAAAAUGGCUUGAUCAUCCAGUAUCAGCCGUUGUCAUUUGUUGUGUGGCUUUUUUUAUUUGUUUGUCAACACUGAAAGAUAAAAAAGAUCACACCUGAUUUCAAGGUAAACAGCGAACAACAUUCUUCACUUUUCCAGAUAAUCAUGAUAGAUUAUCAUUUAUCACAUUUUGAGUUUCAGAAAAACCUCAGUUUGUAAUAAAACAUAAUAACUGAUUUUUAACGUAUCAGCAUUAUAUUGGAUAUAAAAUUUCAUAAGAAAAUACUUCCUUCGAGAAAAAGUUAUCAAGAUAUUAUAAUAAACCAUGCAAAGUAUUAUUUUCGAUUAUGCAGUUUUUCUACUGCUGAUUGGGUUGUCAUUUGCAGUAUUAAUUUAUAGUAAAAUAUCCGGUCCCAAAGAACAGACGAAAGCGGAUUAUGUGUUUGCAUCGAAAGGGUCGGUUUCAAUGGGAGCGAUGCUCCUAUCCAUUGCACGUGGAUUUCUGGGUGUCAAAGUCUUCCUUGGGUAUCCAUCUGAAUUUUAUUACAGAGGAAGUGGAAUGUGGGAAACCUUAUACGGAAUGUCCCUAGCAUUUCCUUUAGUUUUAUAUUUUUUCCUACCAGUGUAUUUUAAUCUCGGAAUUACUUCAGUUUAUCAAUACUUAGAUAUGCGAUUCAAAUCAAGACUUGUGAGAAGGCUUGCGUCUGCUACAUAUUUUAUUAGAAGUAUACUUAACCUUGGCGUGACAGUUUUCACACCAUGCGUCGCUUUAAAAACUGUGAUGGGAUUACCAUAUUGGUUUUCGAUCAUCUUAAUUACAUCGAUUGCCAUCAUUUUCACAUUACUGGGAGGUUUGAGAUCAGCUAUCCUUGCAGAUGCCGUUCAGAGUUUAGUGAUGAUUGGUUGCAGCAUAGUAAUCAUCGUACACGGUUUCUUUAUAGCCAAAGGUCCAUUGAAUGUAUUCGAAGUGAGCAAGGAAAGGAACAGGCUGGACUUUUUCAAUUUUGACAUGGAUCCUACGAUUCGCGUGUCAACGGUGUCCGCCACUCUAGGUCAACUGUUCAUGUCGCUUUCAAUGUUCGGAUGCCAACAAAAUUUCGUUCAACGCUACUUCAGUAUGGACUCUCAGAAACAAGUUGAAAAGGCUUUGUGGCUGACCAUACCGUUGAUGAUAUUCCUCUUCAGUCUAUCAUGGAUUGUUGGUAUGGUAAUAUUUACGGUGUACGCUGAUUGUGAUCCUCGAGCACUUGGAUACAUAUCGGAGAUCGACGAAAUCAUACCUUUUUACAUUGAAGAUAAAUUUUACUUUUUGCCGGGUUUCAUGGGACUCGUAUUGGCCAGUUUAUUCAACAGUGGACUUAGUAUAUUAGUGUCAAAUUUAAAUUCAAUCUCCACUGUUGCUUGGGAAGAUUUUGUUUCUCAAAUACCCAUAUUCAAAAGUGCUAGUGAAAAAAACCAACUAAUAUGCAUUAAAAGCAUAAGUGUAAUUAGUGGUUUUAUAGUUAUGGGUAUUGCAUUUAUUGUCGCACAAUCCUCGGGUGUUAUUGAUGCUUCUCAGCUUAUGACGUCUGCAACUAGUGGACCUCUUUUAGGAGUUUUUGUUUUAGCUAUGUUUUUCCCAUCAACAAAUUGGAAAGGUGCUGCUGCCGGUAUGAUAUCAAGUCACUUAAUGACCCUAUUUAUUGUACUUGGAUCGUUGUCUAUUGCCAAAGUACCUGAUUAUCUACCAGUAUCCACUGAAGGAUGUACGAAUACGACGUUCUCGCCUCAUAUUGAGCCGAUAUUUGAUGUACAGUAUAGUCAAUACAAAAUGAGCUUUAUCAACAAAACCCACGACGACAUGGCCGUUUCUAGUGUCCUAUCGUCGCCUGGAGUCAAAUCGUCCUCUAAAAACGAUAUACUGACAAUGUUGUAUUCGAUAACAUAUAUGUACUACUCGUUAUUGGGCACAUUUGUAACAGUCUUCAUUGGUGUCAUAGUCAGCUACGUGACAGACUUGUGGAGCAAAGAAGAAUCGGCCAACGAGGACCUGUUACACCCCAUGAGCCUAAAAGUCAAGUCUAUGUGUACUGGCGAGAAACAACGGUACGUCACUGACGGCAAGCAUAACAACGGCCCCAGCACGCUACCCAUGACCAAUGAAGCGCAGCCCACGUCGCUCUCGAGCGUGUUUACGGUCAAGUCAAACUCAUCCUCGUAA